CUCCGGUUUAUCGCGCUCCUCGGUCACUGGGUAGCCAUCCCGCACCCAGCCAUUUAGCCCCCCGUCCAGCACGGACACGUCUCGGUGCCCGAACACCCGAAACAUCCACCAGACCCGCGGCGCAGAGAACACUCCUUGCUCGCUCCCGUCAUACACCACCACAUGCGCGCUGUUGGGAAUCCCGAGACGCGACGCGUACUCGGAGAAAUCUUCAGCCGAGGGGAGCAUGUGAUCCAGCGGGGAGGUCUGAUCACAGCACCGGAUCAGGUCUAAAUACACCGCUCCCGGAAUGUGCCCCUUCCUAAAGUCACUGGCAGAGUUGCGCCUCAGUUUGGAAGUAGGUAAGGGUAAGAAGAAAAGUGUCAAGCAGGGCAGUGCAAUGAGCUCUAAUAAGCAAGGUGUUAAGAAGCCAGUCCAGCGGUCGCAAACCCACAAAAGAGCUGGAAAGAACAAAUCCACAGUAAAGGACAAGCACGUUAAAAAUGCAGUAGAGGAAUACAGAAAGAAGCAGAAGAAAAGUCAGCUCAGCACAAACCUGCACUAUUUUCUGGGAUCCGGCUAUACAACACAGAACAGUUACACAAACAAGAUUCUGCAUCAGAACGCUGGUCGUCAGUCCCGUAACCAGCCAGACAAACCUGUUCAAAAACAAUCCGUUCAGGAAAAAUCCAUUUUUACAGAAGAGGAAUUCCAGAAGUUCCAGAAAGAAUAUUUCUCUUCUCUUUAAUAUGAACAUGGACAAUUGUGGAGGCUUUUUGUGUCUGAUGUAAUAGAUUAAUCCAGUAAAUGCAAACAUAUGUUUGUAAUUUGUGUGCAUGAAUGUGAAUACGUUUUUUGUUUGUUUUCUUGCAAAUAAACGGUCUUAUGGUUUUGCAGAA